CCCAUGGUUCUUGAACGCACCACGAAUAAAAACACGUCAUCAGAAAUGCUUCCCUGGGUUAAGCUAGUCCUAGCGUUUUGAUGGUUUGACGCUAAGAGUGUAGACUAAUAACAGAUCCACUACAACAACAAGUCACUAAAGAUGCUUUAGAACAAUCACCUGAACCCUCCGGAGUGAUUCAAGAGCUUUAAACCUUCUGCUGUCUGGCACGGAGAUAACGUGGUCGUGUGUUUUACAGGUAGCAUCAGUCUCUGUAAUGGAUGAUGAUGUGGAGAUCACAGAUGUGGAUGAAGCUGGCAUGCCUUAUCAGGAGGAGAGACCUCACCUCAAAAACCAGGACCUGGGUUCUCUGAGCGGAGCUGCAAGUGAGCUCCUGUCCCUGUACGGAUGGCACCUGCUGGUUGUGACCGUGCUGGUCUACCUGCUGAUCCAGUAUCUGAUGAAGAGGUUCAGCCAGAGCCGUCCCAGCCCAGCACCACAAACACAGCAAGAUGUUUCAUCAGUUGUGAGAAAUCAAGAGGCCAUGGAAGCAGCUCGGAGACGGAUGCAGGAGGAGCUUGAUGCCAAAGCAGUGGUUUUCAAAGAGAAGCAGAAACAGCAAGAAGAGGAGAAGAGGAGGCAGAAGAUCGAGAUAUGGGAGACUAUGCAGCAAGGGAAGAGCUACAAAGGAAGUCAUGUUUCUGAAACAGCUGAAGAGGACAGCUCGUCAGCUACUGGGCUGAAACCAAAGACGGACAAGAAGAAUCUCCGCGGUGCAGACUACAACCCCCUGAGUGGAGGGGCAGGAGGCUCCUGCUCCUGGAGGCCGGGUCGGAGGGGACCAUCAGCUGGCGGAUGAGGUUAAAGAGCGUCAGAGACAUGGUCUGUGUGACCUUUGAUCUCUGACGUCCUGUUAUAAACGCUGACUGACUGAACCAAGCUGACGGUAUCUCCAUGCCCAAACUUUCUCCAGAUUUUCUUUCAUUUGCUUCAAACGUCUGAUGGGUCUUUGCCCUUGGUUCCAUCACCAUAUACUCUCUCUGUGCUGCAGCUUCGAUCAAACAUAUAAAUGUGAUUAUGAGCUGGGCUGGGUCAAAUUUUUACAACUGGAAGCUUGAAAUGAAGCCAUUCCUGUAAACGGUGUGUAACCAGUAGGUUUGGCUGAUACAGUUCACAGUCAGUGUUUUUGUUUUAUUUGAUUUAUUUGAUUUUACAUAUAUGUUUUAUCAGAGUGUACCAUCUUAGUCUUAACUAGAGUUGAUGUUGAGACAGCAGCUGUCGCCCGGGACACGCAGUUAAUUUCAAAGUGGUUCAUUUAAAAUCCACAGUCAUAAACAUUUGGAUCAAUGAACAUGUAACACGGGUAUGCCUUUACUGUUUCACACAUUUGUAUGCAAUAAAAAUAAAUCUGAUAUCUGCAGUGUGCAUCAAAGUUUCA